UGCAUUUGGUAAGAUCACUUGCAUCUAAAGUACAAGACCUGCGUAUCGGUUUAAAAAAAAAAACUAAGUUAAGCAAACUGUACGUCUGCACGUGUUUUCUUCAAAAUAAUGUUUAUAUUUUACCCACGUGAACAAAACGCUGUCUGAUUGGUCGGUUCUGACGAAGGCGGGGCUUCGGUACUGUAUUUCCUUUCCUGAAUCCUGUCAUUAGUCCAAUGCACGGCGGUAGCGCAUAAAAUCAGUGAAUGUUGGAUGGGAACUAUGAGACACUUUUGACUGAAUGUUUGCUUUUCAGCCUUGGAUAUUUUGGAAGAAAAUACGCUGAUUUAAACAAUAAGGCGAUAGCUGCGUUUUAAAAAUAGAUAUAUGCGAAAAAGUAAUCUUAAUACAUAUGUGCAAAGUUUCGCAGUCCAGCGGAUCAACGUGAAAUACGCAGCAUGUUGAAAUAAUGCUUCUUUUAUUAAGACCUUUAUUUUCCAGAUUUGACAGGCAGGUUUCAUUCUGCCAUAUCAUUAUAGUGUUAACCCUAUAGAAGCCACUUAUAGAUAUAAUUAACGCAUAUAAUAUAAAGUGAGGUCGUAUGUUUUAAAGUUGUUCAUUUAUUUAUUUAUCUUGUAUGUAAUAAAAGCUUAAUAUGUAACUAGUUUGCAUUUUGCGCGUUUACAUAGUGGAGCAAGUUUGUAUGGUAGCUUUAUUUAACUCUUCAACCUGUGUUGGAAGAUGAGGGCUGCAGUAAGUUGCAACCUUGUUUUCGCUCUUGUGGACAUUGUGGUCUCCACAGUCUUGUAUGUCCAUGGAUCAGACCUUGAUAUAUUUGCAAAUGAAUUAGAAGACUUUGAUAUACACCGCUGUACACUGGACCUGUGGGCAACGGUUCUCAUACGGGCCAGUCUUAUUUUUGGUGCCUGUAUAGGUGUGUUCUUUAACAGGAGUGAUGGUCCGAGAAGAGUAUCAAACCUGGGCACGCUGGUUUCUCUUGUCUGCCUCACCAAUAUAGUUUAUGCUGUGGCCAAGAUGUUGAUUCUUUCAGAGGAAGGCAAUCUAAUGUACGAUCCAUGGUUCCUGAGUUUGUUCUCCUGGACUUGUUUCUCAGCAAUAGGCACCAUGGUCUUAUGGAAUCAGCUGGCUCAAGCUACAAGUGUUGCAUCUGACAGGAAUGAUAAUGAGGAGAGGGAGAGAUUAAUGGAUAGUGUUGACAGAGAAGAUGAGUAUAGCGAGAAGAGCAAGAAGGCAAAAAAUGAAGAGUCCCAUUCAGGGGCCACUAUUGGCCGUCUGUUGUCGUACUGUAAGAAGGACUCUGCAUUGCUGUCCGUUGCUUUUUUCUGUCUUCUCCUCUCUGCUGUGUGUGAAGCAUUUAUACCAUAUUACACAGGGAAAGCAAUAGAUGGCAUGGUUAUUCAUAAAAACAUUGAUAGUUUUACCAAACCAAUAGUUCUUCUCGCUGUGUUUGCUUUGAUCAGCUCCAUAGCUAGUGGGUUUCGUGGAGGAGUCUUCUCUUUAACAUUUGCUCGGUUGAACAUUCGCCUGCGAAACCUUCUCUUCAGAUCACUAAUGCACCAAGAUAUUGGUUUCUUUGAUGCCAGUCAUACAGGUGAUAUUACCUCUAGACUUACAUCUGACACUACUCAGGUGAGCGAUCUCAUCGCACAGAAUGUGAACAUUUUCCUGCGUAACGUUGUGAAGGCCCUGGGCAUGUUCAUAUUCAUGUUCGGGAUGUCCUGGAAGUUGUCCCUUGUCACCAUGUUGGGCUUCCCAUACAUCGGUGUCGUCUCUAAGCUUUAUGGAGAAUAUUACAAGAAACUCAGCAAAGAAGUUCAGACAGCACUGGCUCAGGCAAAUAAAGUGGCAGAAGAGACGAUAUCAGGCAUGAGGACAGUGCGAAGUUUUGCAAAUGAAGAUGAAGAGUGCGACUUGUACCACAGCAAGCUGCAGGAGAUGUUUAGCCUUAACAAAAAGCAAGCGCUUGCCUACACCUGCUUCAUGUGGUCUAGCUACAUCACUGAGUUCGGCUUAUAUAUAACAAUCCUUUUUUACGGAGGUCACCUAGUUGUGACAAAUCAGAUGACCGGAGGGACCCUUAUUGCUUUUAUAAUCUAUGAUCUGGAGGUCGGAGAGGCCUUCGAGAAUAUAUCAUCAGUGUACACGGGUCUGAUGCAGGGUGUUGGUGCUGCAGAGAAAGUAUUUGAAUAUAUUGACAGGAAACCUGAUCAUGCUCUUGAUGGUCAAGAAGCACCUGAGACAUUCGAAGGGCAGGUGGAAUUUAAAAAUGUGACAUUUGCCUAUCCAACACGACCAGAGAUGGAAAUAUUGAAGAAUGUGUCCUUCAGUCUUCGUCCAGGGCAAAUAACUGCACUGGUAGGGCCCUCUGGUGGUGGCAAGAGUUCAUGUGUCUGUUUGCUGGAGAACUUCUAUGCCCCUCAGCAAGGCCAGGUGCUGGUGGAUGGCCGACCUGUUAACACCUACCAGCACAAAUAUUAUCACUCUCAGGUUGCACUAGUGGGUCAGGAACCUGUUUUGUUUGGCCGCACUGUUCAGAUGAACAUCUCCUAUGGUUUGCCUGAAGCUUCCAUGGAGGCUGUCAUCAGAUCUGCCAUUGAUGCCAAUGUGCAUGACUUCAUAACUGGCCUCUCAAAAGGCUAUGACACCGAGGUCGGUGAGAAAGGUACGCAGCUGUCUGGAGGCCAAAAGCAGAGAGUUGCUGUUGCUCGAGCGCUUAUCAGAAACCCUCGCAUUCUCAUUUUGGAUGAAGCCACCAGUGCUCUAGAUUCAGAAAGCGAAUACAUAGUUCAGCAAGCUUUGAAUAACUUGAUGCGAGAGCACACGGUUUUGGUGAUAGCCCACAGGUUGAGCACAGUAGAGAGAGCAGACAACAUCCUAGUGAUUGACAAAGGUACUGUGGUGGAGCAGGGCCCUCAUGCCGAACUCAUGGCCAAAGGAGGCCUCUACUGUAAGCUUGUUCAUAGGCAGAUUAUGGGGGCUGAAAUGGAGGUAGAGGAUCUUAACCCACCCCCAGCUGCACAAAGAAUAAUUAGUCUGAAUUUUGCAUAUUUACACAGUAGAGCAAGUUCGUAUAGUAGCAGCUUCAUUGAACUUUUCAACCCGUGUUGGAAGAUGAGGGUUGCAGUGAUUAUAAGUUGCAACCUUGUUUUCACUCUUGUGGACAUUGUGGUCUCCACAGUCUUGUAUGUCCAUGGAUCAGACCUUGAUAUAUUUGCAGAUGAAUUAGAAGACUUUGAUAUACACCGCUCUACACUGGACCUGUGGGCAACGGUUCUCAUACGGGCCAGUCUUAUUUUUGGUGCCUGUAUAGGUUUGUUCUUUAACAGGAGUGAUGGCCCGCGAAGAGUAUCAAACCUGGGCACGCUGGUUUCUCUUGUCUGCCUUACCAAUAUGACUUAUGCUGUGGCCAAGAUGUUGAUUCUUUCAGAGGAAGGCAAUCUAAUGUACGAUCCAUGGUUCCUGAGUUUGUUCUCCUGGACUUGUUUCUCAGCAAUAGGCACCAUGGUCUUAUGGAAUCAGCUGGCUCAAGCUACAAGUGUUGCAUCUGACAGGAAUGAUAAUGAGGAGAGGGAGAGAUUAAUGGAUAGCGUUGACACAGAAGAUGAGGACAGCGAGAAGAGCAAGAAGGCAAAAAAUGAAGAGUCCCAUUCAGGGGCCACUAUUGGCCGUCUGUUGUCGUACUGUAAGAAGGACUCUGCAUUGCUGACCGUUGCUUUUUUCUGUCUUCUCCUCUCUGCUGUGUGUGAAUCAUUUAUACCGUUUUACACAGGGAGCGCAAUAGAUGGCAUAGUAAUCCAUAAAAGCAUGGAUAGUUUUACCAAACCAAUAGUUACUCUCACUGUGUUGGCUUUGAUCAGCUCCAUAGCCAGUGGGUUUCGUGGAGGAGUAUUCUCUUUAACAUUUGCCCGGUUGAACAUUCGCCUGCGAAACCUUCUCUUCAGAUCACUACUGCACCAAGAUAUUGGUUUCUUUGAUGCCAAUCAUACAGGUGAUAUUACCUCUAGACUUACAUCAGACACUACUCAGGUGAGCGAUCUCAUCUCACAGAAUGUGAACCUGUUCCUGCGUAGCUUCGUGAAGGCCCUGGGCAUGUUCAUAUUCAUGUUUGGGAUGUCCUGGAAGUUGUCUCUAGUCACCAUUUUGGGCUUCCCAUACAUCGGUGUCGUCUCUAAGCUUUAUGGAGAAUAUUACAAGAGACUAACCAAAGAAGUUCAGACAGCACUGGCUCAGGCAAAUAAAGUGGCAGAAGAGACGAUAUCAGCCAUGAGGACAGUGCGAAGUUUUGCAAAUGAAGAUCAAGAGUGCGACUCGUACUACAGCAGGCUGCAGGAGAUGUUCAGCCUUAACAAAAAGCAAGCGGUUGCCUACGCUUGCUUCAUGUGGUCCAGCUACAUCACCGAGUUGGGCUUACAAAUAACAAUCCUUUUUUACGGAGGUCACCUGGUUGUGACAAAUCAGAUGACCGGAGGGACCCUUAUUUCCUUUAUCAUUUAUGAGCUGGAGCUCGGAGAGGCCCUGGAGAAUAUAUCAUCAGUGUACACGGGUCUGAUGCAGGGCGUUGGUGCUGCAGAAAAAGUGUUUGAAUAUAUUGACAGGAAACCUGAUCAUGCUCUUGAUGGUCAAGAAGCACCUGAGACAUUCGAAGGGCAGGUGGAAUUUAAAAACGUGACAUUUGCCUAUCCAACACGACCAGAGAUGGAAAUAUUGAAGAAUGUGUCCUUCAGUCUUCGUCCAGGGCAAAUAACUGCACUGGUAGGGCCCUCUGGUGGUGGCAAGAGUUCAUGUGUGUGUUUGCUGGAGAACUUCUAUGCCCCUCAGCAAGGCCAGGUGCUGGUGGAUGGCCGACCUGCUAACACCUACCAGCACAAAUAUUAUCACUCUAAGGUUGCACUAGUGGGUCAGGAACCUGUUUUGUUUGCCCGCACUGUUCAGAUGAACAUCUCCUAUGGUUUGCCAGACGCUUCCCUGGAAUCCGUCAUCAGAUCUGCCAUUAAUGCCAAUGCGCAUGACUUCAUAAUUGGCCUCUCAAACGGCUAUGACACUGGGGUCGGGGAAAAAGGAACUCAGCUGUCUGGAGGCCAAAAGCAGAGAGUUGCUAUUGCUCGAGCGCUUAUCAGAAACCCUCGCAUUCUUAUUUUGGAUGAAGCCACCAGUGCUCUAGAUUCAGAAAGCGAAUACAUAGUUCAGCAAGCUUUGAAUAACUUGAUGCGAGAGCACACGGUUUUGGUGAUAGCCCACAGGUUGAGCACAGUAGAGAGAGCAGACAACAUCCUAGUGAUUGACAAAGGUACUGUGGUGGAGCAGGGCCCUCAUGCCGAACUCAUGGCCAAAGGAGGCCUCUACUGUAAGCUUGUUCAUAGGCAGAUUAUGGGGGCUGAAAUGGAGGUAGAGGACCUCAACCCACCCCCAGCUGCACAACGGGCAUUAAAAGAGGUGGAUAAGGAAGGUGAAGAUGACUGCAGUGACAAAGAGUAUGACGCGCGAUACUAAGAGGAGGAGGUUGAAAAAUGCUUUAUUUAUUUUUUUGAUUUGGAGGCUUUAACUCUAAACUGAUAUUUUAUACUGUAUGUUUGGACACUUACAUAGUGUGCUUGUAAAGAAUAUGUUUACUAGACUGGGGUAUUACAGUUCUUGAAUAAAGCUUUAGGCAAUAAGCACUU